GUCCUGUCAUGACAUUUCAGGUGUAAGCGUAAUAAAAACCAUGGAAUUACAUCUGAGGGGAGCUCUUCUUACACGAAGCAUCCCCGAGCCAAGAAGGCUUGCACCUCCACCGCAAGUCUGGACACGAUAUGCUAGACACUGUAGUGUAACUUGCAAAGUCGAUAAUGAUCGCUUAUAUUUCCAAUCUUCUGGCCGAUCGCGUCAGUCGACUCGCUGGAUGCAACUGCAUUCAACGCGUGCGGCUGCCGAUGCACCAGCACCAACCUCAACGACAUUAGAAACCUCUCCCACUGUGGACCUGGAAAGCUUCCUGGCAUGGCUGGUUGCUAAUGGCGUGCAAGGCAUCGGUCGGGAGGACAGCAAGGUCGCACUGUUCCAAUCGGCGGAGGGCGAACGCGGGCUGUUGUGCGAGGAGCCCAUCAGCGCGGGCGAGGAGGUGCUGCGGGUGCCGCUGCGGCUGGCGCUCACGGAGCACCCAGGCGACCAGGAAUCCAACACGCUGCUGUAUGAGGGCGCCCCCUGGAG